UUCUUCUUCUACUUCUGUGUGUUUCUCCAGCGCAACAGCAUGCAGACGUCCACGAGUGAAGACAAGAUCCCGGUUGUGGGUCCAACGCCAAGCCCCCAGAGCAACAGAGAAGGCCUUUACUUCUCUGACGGCCGACGGAAAGUCGACUAUGUCCUGGUCUACCAUCAGCGACGGCACAACUCCAUACGGCAGAGCUUCUCCCGAUCCCGCGCCAGCAUAUCAGUUUCACACGACAGAUUAUCUAUUGUUUCCAAUGGCAACUUUCGUCAGUCGGUGGGCUCGCACUCGGCGGCAGGAUUAGGAGGGGACGCGCAGGAAGGAGAGGCCGUGAACGUCGACGAGGUGUUCAUGGAACUGGGAUUUGCAGGAGGGAACGAGCUGAUGGAGCCGGCUGAGCACGAGAUGCGCCUGAUCAGACAAGAGUUUGAGGCCAACCUGCUGGAGGCUGGCCUGGAGAUAGAGAGAGACAGAGAGUUUAAGGCCCACGGCCCCAGCUUCACUCGUCUCCAUGCACCCUGGCCAGUGCUCUGUCGAGAGGCAGAGUUCCUCAAGAUUAAGGUCCCCACUAAAACGAGCUAUGAACUUAAAGAGGAAAGUGGGUUUGGGUCCAGUAUGAGCAACGUGUGGAGGAAACUGAAUAAACCUUUUCAGCCCAAGGUCCCCAAUCCAGACAACGGACGCACCAAAUUUCUCUCGCACUGCUUCUCCAGGGACAAACUCAACCUGUACAACAUCACAUCUAAAGACACGUUUUUUGACAAUGCAACGAGGGGCCGAGUUGUGUACGAGAUCCUGAGACGGACGGUGUGUGUACGAACCUGUCAAACCAUAGGCAUCAGCACAUUGAUAGCUAAAUGCGUGUAUGAUGCUGCCUUCCCUCUUCACGACGGGGACUACACGGCCGUCGAAAACAUGGAGGAGAGGAAUGACCGACAGGUCCUGCAUGAUGAGUGGGCCAGAUACUCAGCCUUCUACAAGUACCAGCCCAUUGAUCUGGUCAGGAAGUACUUCGGGGAGAAGAUCGGACUCUACUUCGCGUGGCUCGGCGUUUACACUCAGCUGCUCAUACCGGCCUCCAUAGUGGGGAUCAUUGUGUUUGGUUACGGGGUGGCGACUGUGGAUACUAACAUACCCAGCCUGGAGAUGUGUGAUGAGCGUCUCAAUUUCACCAUGUGUCCUCUGUGUGAUGGAGCAUGUGACUUCUGGCAGCUGAGCACCGCCUGCAGCACUGCCCGAGCGUCGCACCUCUUCGACAACCCGGCCACUGUCUUCUUCGCCAUCUUCAUGUCUCUGUGGGCUGUGUUGUUCCUGGAGCACUGGAAGCGUCGUCAGAUCAGUUUGAGCUUCAGCUGGGAUCUGACAGGCAUCGAGGAGGAGGAGGAACAUCCCAGGCCAAAAUACGAGACCGUCCUUCUUCAGAAGAGACAGAGGAAGCAGAAAAACAAGAAACAGAAGAAAAAGAGUGAGACUGCCAUAGACAAGUUGACCUGGAAAGACCGUCUACCUGGAUACCUCAUCAACGUUUCCUCCAUCCUCUUUAUGUUUGUGCUGACGUGUUCUGCAGUUUUCGGGGUCAUCGUCUACCGCAUCGCUGUGUCGGCGCUGAUGGCCAUGAGCCCCGACCCGGAGACCAAGUCCAACGUCCGGGUGACGGUGACGGCCACCGCGGUCAUCAUCAACUUGGUGGUUAUUCUGAUCCUCGAUGAAAUCUACGGAGCUGUGGCCGUGUGGCUCACCGAGCUAGAGAUUCACAAAACAGAAACCAACUUUGAGGAGCGUCUGAUCCUGAAAGCCUUCUUACUCAAAUUCAUGAAUGCGUACGCACCCAUCUUUUAUGUGGCUUUCUUCAAGGGAAGGUUUGCAGGUCGACCUGGAAAUUACGUGUAUGUCUUUAACGAUUAUCGGAUGGAAGAGUGUGCUCCAGGAGGCUGCCUCAUCGAGUUGUGCAUCCAGCUCAGCAUCAUCAUGCUCGGGAAGCAGCUGAUCCAGAACAACAUCUUUGAAAUCGGCAUACCGAAGCUGAAGAAGUUGGUCCGAGCACUGAAGAAUAAAGGAUUAGCAGAGGAGGAGAGGGAGGAGGAGAGGCCUCCACAGCAGUGGAACCUGGACCACGCUCUGGCUCCGUUUGAAGGCCUCACGCCCGAAUACAUGGAGAUGAUCAUCCAGUUCGGUUUCGUCUCUCUGUUCGUGGCAUCCUUUCCGCUCGCUCCGCUCUUCGCCCUGCUCAACAACGUCAUCGAGAUCAGACUGGACGCCAAGAAGUUUAUUACAGAGCUACGCAGGCCGGUGGCCAUACGCGCUAAGGACAUCGGUAUAUGGUACAACAUACUGAGUGGAAUGGGAAAGUUCUCCGUCAUUAUAAAUGCCUUUGUGAUCUCCUUCACGUCAGACUUCAUCCCUCGGCUCGUCUACCAGUACAUGUACAGUCAGAGUGGCACCAUGCACGGCUUCAUUGACCACACCCUCUCCUACUUCAACGUGUCCAGUCUCAAACCCGGCACGGCCCCGCACAACUCUGGAGACAUCACCGUCUGCCGGUACAAAGACUACAGGGAGCCCCCUUGGUCUCCGGACGCGUACCAGUUCUCCAAACACUACUGGUGUGUCCUGGCUGCACGGCUGACUUUUGUCAUAUUGUUCCAAAACCUUGUGAUGUUCCUCAGCCUCGUGGUCGCCUGGGUGAUCCCUGACGUCCCCAAAACCAUCGUGGAGCAGCUCAAGCGGGAGAAGAAGCUUCUGGUGGACGUCUUCUUGAGGGAAGAGAAGGAGAAAUUCCAGCUCAUCCAGAGCCUCUUCGCCAAGGACACCACGCUGCAGCCGGGCAGCAACCUGCUCGCCCCGGGACCGGGCUUCUCCAUCCCAGGCCGCUACAGCACCCUCCCCCCAGGCCCCACGCAGACCCCGGCUGGAGACGGAGCAGUGCCGAGGGCGAGGUGUAGGGCCGCCAGCUUCAGCCAGUUCAGCAGGAAGAUUCCGCCGUUGAACGAAAACGAGAAUUCCAAACACACAGCAGUGUGACACACAUCUGCGGGGUGUAGCUCAGGACUGCGUUGCUCGGGCGAUUCGGCGAUUCGACUGUGUCUCUUGUGUCCCGGUGCGUUUGACACAGUAGCGCUGUGAUUCAAGACGUCACAGCCUAAUUCUGAACAUGACAUUUGAUUAACUGGUCUCAAGUUGGGUUAGAACUGCACACCGGUUGAGUGGGUGUGUAUAUUGUUCCUAUUCGCAGCGACUGUUCCCCUGUUAGUGUUACCAUUUUUACUUUUUGGUAAAAAUAAAAGACUUAGUGAGCAACACUAGCUUCAUAGCGUAGACAAGCAAUAAUUACUGUGUUAACAAUGUAAUAUUACAGGGAAAAGGGACUGGACAUAAAGACAGAUCUAUGAACUACUGGACAGAUUCACUGCUUCAACGUAAACUGAUAGAUGGACAUUGUGGCUUACUACUAGAGCUGGGGACGGACAGAAGUUGCCUGCUUUUUGUGCUUACGCUCUUUACGUCAUUUUUUGUUUUUAACUGAAUCUGUAGCAGCUCCAACAUUCCGCAUUCUCCAUACUUUCCGCUGCAUGGCGCCGAGAGCACACCGACUCCUAGAAGAGCUAAUCAUUUUCUCUUUUUUCUACACCAGUCAUUGUGUUCAAGUUCAUUUUUCGUCAUAGAAUUCAGGAAUCUCUUUUGAAUUAUUUUCAGACUUAACUAAGAUUGUGAGUCACGCUACAUCUGCCGCUCAUUGUCUCUCACUUCCCUGUACGUACUGAUGGAUGGAUGCACAUGCCAAUGUGGCAUAUUGUUGUACACCACUAUUAGAUUCCAGUCCAAGCUCCAGUUUUAGAAUUAGAUGAAUUGUGAAGCAUUUUUCCUGUUAGCCAUAUGGACAUUACCUGAUGACUACACUUUGUUAAAACUUUGCAAACUGUGAAUAGCUAGAAAUGGUGUAUGUGUUUAUUGUCAUGGAAAACAAUACUUCAUAAGCAUUCCUUCAUUAUAAAGUACCAGACUAUACACUGACUUUCUUGCAGGUAAGUAAUACAUCUGGAUAUCUACUACUCAAACAGAGGAGCUCUGAUCGGAGAAGUCAAUGGUGUCAUGCAAGUUCUGAUUGGCAGCCAUGUUGGAGGUUUGUUGAGAAACACGGACGGUGCACAGACUCGAACAGGACCAUCUGUUUCUGACUGAAUCAGUCUUUCCAGUACUCAGAUACAUCUGAUAGAUUAUAUGUUUAGACAACUUCAGCUUGUUGGCUAACACUUGUGCCCUCAUUUUCUAAGGGCAAAAAAACACAAUGGAGUGACAGAAAUGGAGUCCAUGGCAUGUAAGCUGCUCUCGGCCAACAAUCCCACAAUACAACGCUGCACAUUUUAUAGACGUGCGACUCAAUAACUGACAGUAAUGAUGUACAAUAAUAAAGAUAAGUAAGUGUCUAAAAUCGCUACGACUCAAUACAAUGGACUGUAGAUAUAGAUCGGACAUCUUGAUCGACACAUGUUGGCUGGCUGCAGUAUAGGUCACUAAACCCUGCCUCCACCAUGUUAGAGAUGACAUGGAUUAAACAAAAAAGUCAAAGUACAUGUUAUUUAUUUUAUGUAGUUUGGUUCGUCAAUCGUUCAUUUGUCAGAUAUGUUUGGUUUCAAUUGGUAAUUUGAAGCUAUGAAAACAUGGUGAAAUGUUUUGAUUGAGUUCGGUUCGCCCCCUGGUUGGUCGAGUGCAUGCAUUGGCAGUGAGCCUGAUACUGCAGUGUCCAUAUCCAGGAUAUUUUGGCUUCAUUUUUUGUACAACAGGAAGAAUAGGUGAAGGGACGUCCAUCUUUAUUUACAGUCUUGGCUCACUACUCAAAUGACAGAGCGUUUACUAGAUAGAACAAUAAGAAGUUUGCCACUUUCUUAACAAGAUAGCGCUGGUGAAAUAAUUUCCAUGUCCCUUAACAACAUUCAAUAUUUAGGAGGAUCCUUUGUGAUAUGUUUGUAUAUGUAAAUCAGCGAGCUAAACUGGCGAUCAUUUUACUCAGACAGUGGAAGCUAAUGUUAGCUGCUCCAUGUUAAUUUUUUGUUUGUGUUAUUUCAACACCGGCUGAGCCUUUGACACACUCUGCAGACUCAGUGCUGUUUGUUCAAUAUUAUUCAAAAUGUAGCUGUAGAUCCAAUCGUGUUGAAAACAAAUGGCCAGAUAUUGCAACUCCCACACAAAAAUGUAUUUCCCUUUGAUGAUGCAAAUUAAGAGUGCUGUAAUUGGAAUGACUGGGUGCCAUCUUGGAACACCAUAUCCAGCUCUUGUGACAUUACCAUGCCGACAUGUGGACCUGUUUAAGAGGCCUUUUGUGUAUUUCUGUCUCGGUUAGGACUCAGUGACAGACUGUUCACUUUAAAUGUGUUCACAUGGAUUUUAGGAAAAGGACAUAAUUAGGAGUGUUGUACUGGAUUUUGUCAUUCAAGAAAAUGUGAUCCUUACCUUAAGCUCGUGUAGAAGUUCCUUAAUACGUGAUUUGUUGAUGGAUUAUGAAAUGAUUUUUAUAUUUUGUGUGAUCUGUUUGCUUUCUUCUCAUUGGCCUUUUCUUUUCUUUUUCUAUUUUAUUGUUUGGCCUUUUAGGAAGCCGUAUAGUCCUCGUGAGAUUUCCUGGCCAGAAGAAAAUAUUAAAGCUACAAGGCUGAAGUUUCUCUGCUUGCUAGAAUUUGGCAAUGCAACCAGUAAAUUGUUUUUAGAUAACCCCAAAAGGAAAUGCAUUUAAAAUGACAUAAUAUUGAUAGUUAUCUCAGGUACCCAUUUACUCUUGUAGACUUUUCCACUGUGGAGAUGUGGAGAGGGUCUAUGGUUGACUGGACUUGUGGGAAGUUUAUUUGGCACCCAGUUGAUCAGGUGCCUGAAAAUGGCAGCAGGUCAAGAAAUUACUCCUGAUAAAAUGUUCCCUUGUUUCCCCCUGCCUUAUUCCAGCUUAGCUUUGCUACGGGUUUUCCCUCCACAGAAAAAAAUACAAAAGAAAGGGCUCUGCUCACUUUAUGUUCAAUUACAAAUUAAAAAAAAUGCAUUUUAGUAAAAUGAUUUCCAAUCGAGCCAAGAAACACUAUUAAACAAGCUUUUUGUAACAUAUGAAGACCCAUAUAUUGUUCUCAUGAAUUGGGAAUUGAGACUAAAACAAAAAUAAAAUGAGAAAAACUGAGUGAAUACCUAACUUGCAUUUGUAAAGGUAUCAGGACACAACUCUAUUGGGAUGAUAAUAAUGGUUUAUGAACAUUUCUGUCACUUAGUAGACGUUGUAGUUCUUGCUACAUAUGUGACACUGCUAGAAUAAGACCUCAAGGGGGUUGAGGAAACUCUUCAGUUACGUUUCAAAUUAAGACAUAAUGAAUUGAUUGGUUUUCUCUAUGACAUUUGCAGCUUUAAACAGGUAGUUAGCAUUAUUGCACAUUAAUAUUAAUAUCUACACACGAUUGUAGAAUUGCAUUUUUAUUUUCAUUUUUUACAACCAUUAGUGGGGAAGCAGCAAUGCUUAGUCGAGUGUUCUGUUGUUUCUCUAGUUUUAUCCUGAAAACAGUAUUAUUUUUAGUGCUCUGGAAAGAAACCUGUCAACUAAACAAGAAGGGACUGAAAGCCCUUCAUAUAGUUUUAGAUUAAAUAGCAGCGGGUACAUAUAAUGUCGACAAAAGCAAUAAACAUUGGACAUUUGUUUAUGUCACCUAAUUUACUGUGACGAUCCCUCUCUUUAAGUAAAUGAAUGUAUGUAAUGUUGUUGAUUGUGCAACAGUUUGUUUUUUUAAGUGAAAAAUAACCAUCUCCGCCGUUGUGUUUUCUGAUUUUCCCUGAAGGCAACACUGACAUAAUUUCCUGUCAGUGGAUUUAAAUGAGGGAGCUUGUCCCUUGAUCUAUUGCAGGUGAAAACAUUUGUGGUAAAUUGGAAAAUUCAUCAAAAGUUAUUUUUUUUCAUGGAUUACGGCUCAGCCUGAGAAGGAUGUGCAGCACCGUGUUCAGGUUAGUGGGAGUGUCUGCCGAUCCACAUCACUGGAUCACAGAAAAGCUUGAUCUGUAAAUGUUUGAAUCAUUUUGAGUCAUCUUCAUGCACAUAACAAACAGUAAUUGAUGAUAAUGCACAUAAACCUGGUUUCUUGUUUAACUACAAGUA